AUGGCAGCGAAUACUGUCAUUUUGCUAUUGAUAACGAUAGUGGCUAAAACAACGAUCAAUGCUCAAACAUGUAAGAGCGACAAAUGGCUCGUUGAACCCGGCGUCUAUCCAACUGCAAUUGCAUCAUUUGGCGCUGACACUGACCGCACACUAGCUUUUGAUAUUCCAAACAAUAUUCCAGAUACCGCAAAACAAUUUUCAGCUACAGUAUCAAUUUAUAGUGGGAUCAACAAUGACGAGAGGGAUAUGGCUCUAUGGUUUUGGACGGAAUGUGAUGGAAACAAAUAUGUUCGUUUCAAACGUUUGCGAUAUUACACGUCGAACGCUGUAUCCUACGAUUCGGAAACAUUGGAUUUUAUUCACUGUGCGUCGAACCUACAGUUGCUUCAACUUCGUUGGCGACGUUGGUUACCUAACAAUUUUCUUAGCAAAUAUUUAUCUAAACAUGCUUAUUAUCAUAUGUCAUUGUUAAAAAAUGAUAAUCCAGAUCAAAGAAUAUCAAUGGAUAUUAAUUUAUAUGUUGAAAAUGUUUAUACUUUAGCAAUAGGUCUCUUGAAUGCAUUUGCUUCGUUAUUAUCUGAUGUCAUUGUGCUUUGGUCUUUAUCUGGUAUAAUCAGAAUAAAAAUUACUCAACAUUUUCGUUUGACAUCAAAGGAAUUAUGA